AUGUAUAGCUUCAUGGGUGGGGGCCUCUUCUGUGCCUGGGUGGGGAACAUCCUCCUGGUGGUUGCCACGGCUACAGACCAUUGGAUGCAGUACCGGCUGUCGGGGGCCUUUGCCCACCAGGGGCUCUGGCGCUAUUGCCUCAGCAACAAAUGCUACCUACAGACUGAGAGCAUCGGUAAGAGCGUUGGCGUUGGUAAGGGAGGGGAGUGGGGUAAAUUGGAGGCCAUCUCAGAGGGAAGGCAAUGGCAUCAAUGGAGAUGUCAGCUGGGACUUAAAGAGAACAAGGGAGCCACGAGAGCAUACUGGAAUGCGACCCGGGCCUUCAUGAUCCUGGCUUCCCUCUGCUGCUUUGCGGGCAUCGUCAUUGGAAUCCUUGCCUUUGCCCAGCUGCCCACCUUCCAUCGACUCACACGCCCCUUCUCAGCGGGCAUCAUGUUCUUUAUUUCCACGCUCUUUGUCCUUCUUGCCAUGGCCAUCUACACGGGAGUCACGGUCAGCUUCCUAGGCCGGAGAUUUGGUGACUGGCGAUUCUCCUGGUCCUACAUCCUGGGUUGGGUGUCUCUGCUCAUGACCUUCUUUGCAGGAAUAUUUUACAUGUGUGCUUACCGGAUGCAUGAAUGUCGCCGCCUGUCUGGGCCUCGCUGA